UUUCCACCAUUUUGUUAGUGCUUAUAUGGACAAAACUAUUGGUCAUGACGUCAAAAACGUCAUGCAGUAUAAAAGCUAAGUCCCUCCUUUCCGAGCUCAUUCGCGGAUUUGGUCAGAGGUUUGAAAUUGCUUUGCCGAAGACUGAGCCGUCGAGGACUUCAAACAGCUCUUCUCAAUUUCAUUUUUUUCCCUUCAAGUAAUGGACAUUUGAUUACUAUUUUUGCCUCCAGUUGGUCCAGAAGAAAAGGCUAGCGUUUAGCUAGCACAGCCCAGUCCAUAAGAAGUCUUUCUGAUGAUAAUUAAAACCAUGAAGGUUGACGACAUAUAAAUGCAUUAUGAGCUAUAAGUGCUUGAAAAAGUACAUCAUAAUAUAGCCGAGACGCUGAGGAUCUAUAGUAUCAAUAGUAAGUUCAUUUUUGAAGUUAAAUCGACAUUACUCCAAUGAAAUUGUUGUAGGUUACGGCUAGCUAUCGGUAGCGAGCUAACAGAGCUCGUACAAUAGUUUGGCUCUGGGCAAAUAUAUUCUAGUAUGAGCUCACACGCUAAAGAGGACGGGCGCGCAUUGCCCCGUUCCUUUGUGUGUGAGACAGGAUGGACAAAUUGUUAAAAUAAAAAGUUUAAACAGGAUAAUGGUAGUAUUUUCAUAAGCAAUCUGUUUAUAAAGAUUGCCCUAAGGAUAGAAAGGAAAUACAUAUUUCGGAAAUUUUAUGUGGAAAAAUGCGUUUCAUAGAGGUUCUUUCAAGGAUCGCAAAUCUACCGCAAUCUGCACAUAAAGAUUGCGGUAGGGACACAAUAUGAAGCCCAUUUUGUCGAUAAAUAUAGGACAUGGACACUGAGCGUGGUGUAGACGGCAAUCUGUGGAUAAAGAUUGCAGGAUGGUGGCCCAGCCGUACAUCGAAGCACAAACAUUGUGGAUUGGCCUUUAUUUGCUUUCCGUCCUCGGACAACUCGGCGCUAACUUUCCGGAUGAAGAUUUUUGAUGUUUUUUUCUAAUGUUUUCGGAACGAGCAUAGACUGUCUGCGAUCUAGUUCGUUGGUCACGCUGGUGUAUAUGUCUGAUAUCGGCCAUCACGGUGUUUGCAACACCCAUUGUUUGUAUGAGGGACUGGUGUACCUAGGAAGUGGUUAAGUGGGGGUGGGACUUAGCUGAAGUCAGACUGCAGUUCCCUCCCCUUAGUUGAGAAGUGGUGAUGCAGGCUUGUAGGCUGCCUCUGCUGGGACAAAUCAGCACAACCUUUCAAAGGAUAGGGUGCUUGUGAAAUAGGAUUCGCUUAGUGUAGUUAUUGUGCUCAAGAAAAAAAUCAUUUUCUUCCUUGGUAGCUUGAUUUUUUAGCAAACAUUCUGUGGCAGUCUUGCUCACUAAAUCCACUCAGAUGAUUUGAAUAUGUGCAGUAACACCAUUAUGUGACCCAUAACAUUUCCCCCACCUAAAUUAGGGUCAUGUUUUCUAUUUUAAUGACUAUGCAUUUGUAUAACUAUUGUGACAUUUACAGGGUGUCAGGUAUUUGCAGUGUUGUGGAGGUGUGAGACAAUAUAAAACUUCUACUACAACUGUUACACGGACAUGGCGAAGGGACCAGUUGACCCCAGGGAGAUUCUGAAAGGCGUUGAAGCCCUGCUGGGAAAGGAUGGUGAGCUGCGCAGUCUGGAGGGAGUCCCGAAGGUGUUUAGCUUGAUGAAAGCCUCUACUAAGAUGGUCAGUAGGUGUAUGUACCUCAAUGUGCUGCUGCAGACGAAAUCUCAUGAUAUUCUUAACAGGUUCAUCAGAGUUGGUGGCUACAGGCUGCUCAAUUCCUGGCUUACCUACUCAAAAACCACCAACAACAGCCCUCUGCUUCAACUCAUCCUGCUCACACUGCAGAAGCUUCCUCUUAAAGUAGACCAUCUCAAACAGAACAACACAGCAAAACUUGUGAAACAGCUGAGCAAAAGUGCAGAAACAGAAGAAUUGAGAAAGUUGGCAGCUGUUUUGGUGGACGGUUGGAUGGCAACAAUUCGUUCUCAGAGUGUCUCGAGCAGUGGCAGUUCCCCUGCUGAUAAAAAAAAGAAGAAGGAAGAGAGCAAGAUGCCAGUGAGGGAUGUGAAGGAAAAGAGUGGAGAUGAGGGGAGGAAGAAGGAGAAAUCCAAAGCUCAUGCACCCAGCCAUACAAAGAUUCGCUCCAUAGGUCUGGAGAUGGAGGCUUCCAACCCAACUCCUCCUAAAAAGAUGUCCUCUGCACCACAGCUGGGCGAGAAAUACAUCAUAAAGGCCCCGUUGCUCAAGAGGCCGAGUUCUGGUCCUUCAGACGCUCCACCUCUUGAGAAAAAAUACAAACCUCUCAAUCAGCCUCCAAACGCAACCAAAGAGAUCAAAAUGAAGAUAAUUCCAGCUCUACCAAUGGAAGCUACAGACUUUGUGGACGCCCUGAACUCGGCCCCAGUGCCUGAGAUUAAGAUCAAAAAGAAGAAACCGCCUGGUGCUUCUACUCCUGCUAACACCAAAGCUGUCUCACCAACAUCAACCAAGACAAACCCAUUUGACAGCAAACCAGCUGGCUAUUCUCCAUCUUCAGCUAGACCUGCAUCCCCAGAAACCUCUGCUUCCUCGAUUGCUGCUGAUGAAAACCAGGAGCCAGAGCAGCCUUUGACCCCAAUUCCUGCUGAGGAUCCAGACACAGCUGACAACACUGAGAAGCCCAACGCCUUGGCAGAACCGCGUGCAGACGAGGAGAGCCUGACCAAGAAAGGCAAAAAGAAAAAAACCGUCCACUGGGCCGAGGAAGAGCAGCUCAAGCACUACUUUUAUUUUGAUUUGGAUGAGACAGAGAGAGUCAAUGUCAACAAGAUCAAAGAUUUUGGUGAGGCUGCCAAGCGGGAGCUAAUGAUGGACAGGCAAACGUUUGAGAUGGCUCGUCGGCUUUCACAUGACACCAUGGAAGAAAGGGUCCCCUGGACACAACCCAGGCCCCUGACGCUGGCGGGCAGCUUGGUGACCCCUGGAGCCAACAGCACAGAGAAACAUACCCAGAGAGAGCGUGAGAUGGGCAUCCUACAGGAAAUCUUCCUCAGUAAAGAGAGUGUACCUGACAGCCCUCAUGAGCCAGACCCAGAGCCGUAUGAACCCAUGCCCCCCUGUCUCAUUCCUUUGGACGAAGAUUCAUCUAUGAUGGAUGAGGACUAUGGUGAGCCUGCAGACGCCGCCUCCCAGCAGGCCCAGAGUGAGAGCUCCAAGCUGCCGCCGGUCCUGGCCAACCUCAUGGUCAACCUGAGCAGCAGCGCCCGCAGCCCCCAGGCCUCCAGCACCACUAGCACCCCUACAGCUCCGGUGGUCAACGUGCAGGAGCUGCUCUCAUCCAUCAUGGGAGCUUCUGGUGGUCAGUCUACUGAAGAGCUGAUAAAGCAGCCAGACUUCUCCGAUAAGAUCAAGCAGCUGCUGGGUUCCCUGCAGCAGAGCCAGAUUCAAACACAGGGAGGACCACCUCCAGUCAACCUGGGGCUGCUGGGACACGGCCCAGGCAUGAACAACAUGACCAACAUGCACAUGCAGGGGCCCAUGAAUGGUGGUUACCCACCCAACAGCUCACCUGGGGGUCCUCGUUUCAACCAUCCCCCUCCACCUCACAACCAUGGGCCGCCCUUCAACAACCCUGGAGGCCCUCGCAUGAUGGGGCCCCGGCCUGGACAGGGCAGAGGAGAGAACGGGAACUAUUGGGGAGAGGACUCCAUGAGAGGAGGCCCACACAGAGGAGGACAUUUCCACCGAGGAGGUCGGGGUCGUGGUGGAGAUCUGGGUUUCAGAGGCAGGGGCCGUGGAGGGCCCAGAGGAGGACACAACAACAUGAAUGAUAUGUCCAAAAGGCCGGUAUGUCGUCACUUCAUGAUGAAGGGAAGUUGCAGAUAUGAAAGCAACUGUGCUUUCUACCACCCUGGUGUGAACGGCCCACCUCUACCACCCAACUACCCUCCUAACCAACACAACCAGCACCCACAGCAUGGCCACUAGGGGACACUGUCGCUUCCCAUGUCUUCUACAACCACAGUGGCAGACUGACUGCAGUUAUGCUGAUGAAUCAAUGAGAUCUGCUUUUGCAGACAGACUCUUUGAGAGACUACAGCAAACAGAAUUUGUGAAACAUGAUCAGAGAUGGGACGCGAGUGUAUUUGUUGUGAUUUUGUUUUAUUGUUUUUCUUGAUCUGUGAGACUGAGACAAGACCUGACCACUAUAUUUGAGUUGCUGCAGCUAUUUAUAGAAUCGCUCUCCUCUGUGUUUCAUGCCGUGAAUAUCAUUGACCAAAAUAUUUUUUCAGAAUUUUUUUAGAACAAAACAUCCCUCUUAAUUUGGCUUUGGAGUUUGUGCCAAAUAUUAUGCUGCUGUAAGAUUCUUUCAGUUAAUACCAUCCCCAGUGUAGUUUGGACCAAGGAUGUUCACUGUUGAAGGUUAGUGAAACAGAACACAGUCAGACUGUACUGGGUUUAGCUGAGCAGCUAUACAUUUUUUUCUAAUCCAACAACGCAGGUCCAACUUUUUUCAAUUUUUAUUUUUUUGUCACUAAUACGAAAUGCUAGCAGAUGCUAAAAAAGCUGAGCAGUGUGCUACAUGGACAUUUUCUGCAUGCAUAAUGGACUCGCCUGUAUUUGUGGGUCUAAAGUGACAAUCUUGGCAUAACUGUGGUCAUUAUUGUUGAGCUACUGCCUGUAACUUGUGUACUCUCAUGUGAACCCAGAAAGGGUUUGUGUUGUCAGUGUUAGAGAUGAUGUAUCCAUUCGUGGGUCACGUAUAACAAGUGUUUUCUGUGAAAACAAUGAUUUUUUUUUUGUCUCUUGUGGGACUUUGAGAAUGUAAUGUUAAACGUUGCUCCCUCCAAACUUUUUUGUUCUAUUUUUUGAUACAGUCUUGGCCUUCGAACCUGUGUGAAAUGUCUUCAUUUCUAUUGUUAGAACAAAAAGAUCUGUAUGAAUACAGAACACACACACAAACACCUAUAUACAGUAUAUAUAUAUAUGUGUGUGUGUGUUCUUUUUCAGUUAUUUUGCAGACUUGAAAUGUGAAAUUAAGUAAUAUCCGACUCUGACCAAUGAUUUUUUUUUACAUUUAACCUCAGAUUAUAGACUGUUAAAACUAGAAA